AUGGUACGAGUAUUAUUUGUUGGUGAAAUUUUGUAUAUUCUCAUAAAGAUACUAGCGACUCACACUCGCUUCGCUCGGGUUGCUCGUGCAUCACAAGAUGAUUUUCGUUUGGUUGAAAUAGUACCUAUAUUAGCUGACUUCGUCGUUAACGGACAAGGCGAUGACGUAAACGUUGAUGGACGAGGCAAUGAUGUAGACGUAGACGGACGAAGCGAUGUUGGAAAGGCAUGUUUCAACAGCUUUCUCCGUCACAACUUAGCGGCACUCGGUGAAUUCAUCUUCGACCAAUUUCCACCCGCUCCCGCCAGUGAAUCCGAUAGGAAACGUCAUAAUCAUAUGAUAGGUGCGGCGCAUUGCGCCCACCUGUCGCCGCGCGUGCGUCCCACGGUGACGUCACGCGACCGCGCCCGACCACCGCCGGGGCCGCCCGACACGGCCAACCGGCUACAUUGGAUUGAUCCACCGACAUUCUUAAUCCAAGAUAAAUAUUACAUCAAUCGGGGGUGGAGACGGUGGCACGCAGGCGCGCCGGCCGGCGGCCCAGUCCCGCUCCGGCCGCGCUGCCCGCCGCACAUCGCUUUCGCGGGCGCCCGACCCGGCGGCGACUCGCACGCUGCCUUA